AUGCUUGGACAAGACAAGAUGAGUUUUACUGUUUCAUUCUCUCUCUCUCUCUCUCUCUCUCUCUCUCUCUCUAUCUAUUUCUGUUUCUUUCUACUUCGCUUUUCCCUUAUGUUCGUAUCUAUCUAUCUAUCUAUCUAUCUAUCUAUCUCAUCUAUCUAUCUUUCCUCGUUCUUUAUCUAUCUAUCUUAUCUAUCUAUCUAUCUAUCUAUCUAUCUAUCUAUCUUAGUCUGUCCAUAUCUAUCUAUCUAUCUAUCUAUCUAUCUAUCAUCAUUCAUGAUUCUUUCAUUUUCUUCAUUUCUUUUCAUUCUUUUCAUUCAUUCGUAUCUAUCUAUCUAUCUAUCUAUCUAUCUAUCUAUCUAUCUAUCUCAGUCUGUCCAUAUCUGUCUGUCUAUCAUUUAUAAUUCUUUCUUUCUUCAUUUCUUUUUUUCCAUUCUGUUCGUAUCUAUCUAUCUAUCUAUCUAUCUAUCUAUCUAUCUAUCUAUCUAUCUCAAUUCAUAA